UAAGCUCCGCCCCUCUGCCCCACUUCCCCCUCCCUGUGAUUUCACCUCCUGAAUCAAGGGGCACGACACCUGUAACCAUGUAAUUGUUUUGUUGAUCUACCUCUUAGGAAAAAAAAAAAUAAAAAAAAAAAAUAGGUAAAUGGUAAUUUUUUUUUUGAACACAAAAAUAACUAAAAAAUAAAAAAAAGAAUAAAAAAAAGAAGUUGCUCGAAAGAAAUAUAGGUAAACGAAUAACUGGGUAGCGGCAUCUCCAUAUACUGUAGUGGAUAGACUAUUAAGAGAAAAAAAAACUUUUACUUCUUCCAAAGAUGAUUUCUUUUCUUUCUCCAUUCUUAGUUGUUUUUGAAAUGAUUAUGAAAUGGAAUAAUAGUAAAGUGAAAGGGGGAUACAAACUUGCCACCUGCUUUCAGCUUCCUCCUUUAAAAAGCCAACAUAAAUGAGAUUUCUUUAUCCAAUUUGCAUUUGUUUUUUCCAUUUCAUUAAACUUACACUUUUUUUUUUUUUUUUAAACUUCAACAUUUUUUUUUCUCUCCAUGUUUUUGUGUUGGUUGACUUCUAAUUUUUUCUCUCUCCUUUUUUAAUGACAGCAGAUUGUAUCUCUUGUGUUUGGGUGCAUUUAGCAGUUUCUUUCUCUCUCUGUGAAAAAAAAAAUAAAAUAAAAAAUAAAGCCUACAUGAGUUAGAGCGCCUUGCGAGGACCUUCUACACCAAUCGAUGAUCUAUCUUCACUUCUAAUGAGUCGUUUGAUAAAGCAAAAGGACCUGUUGUUUUAGCUGACUGUGUAGCUGCAGGUGGAAAGAGGGAGCCCCCGCCCCCCAGGAGUCUUAAGCCAGUCACACCCGAGCUCGACCUCCAAGGUUUAAAUCAGAUUUCCUCUGUGCUGUCAUUGUGCAGCUCUAAAAAAAACAAAAAGACUCUGCUCAUUUUAAGGGUCGGGGUCUUCCUCCUUCCACCAGAUGGCGCCUUUGGUCUUUACAGUAUAUGGACUUUCACCCUCUGCCUGCCUGAUUCCUUUAGUCCUCAUCAACACUUGUUUUAAACUCCUUGUAAACAAAACAGAGCAUAGAUAUGAAUGUGUUAUUAAAAGAUGAGAAAACGGACCCUCUUGGCUUUUUGUGGUCUUUUUUGUGUGGCUUGCGUAGACUGUUUAUGGAGGUACACACAGACAGUGCGCUGCAGUGGACGCAUCAGAAAGUAAUUCUGCUAAUUAUUCUAAUAUUAAUAAUCCUUCUAAAAUCUAUUUGGCUGAAAUACUCCAAUGUGUCCAAUAUUCUCUCUAAUAUCUAUGUGAAUAUGCACAUGGUCAUUAAAUAAUAAACUAAAGUAGAAAUAACACAGUUUGAGCUAAAGAUUGAAUAACAUGAGAAUAUCUGAGGCCCCUCAACUAUCACCUUAAACACCGUGAUAUAUUAAUGAUGUUUUAUAAUCUGUGUGAAAAAGAUCCAGUAGAACUUACAAUGCAAUAUUAAUAAUAAUUAUUAUUCACUGACACAGUUGUUGGCUGUUUGAAGACAGUAUUACCAAGUUUGUGUUGUAUAGUCACAAUACGAUUAAAAUAAAAUGAAAUGAAAACAAAGCACAGGCUUGAUGAAAAUGAAAUCAUACUGAGGCCCCAUUAAAGCCUUUAUUUUAUCUGAGGUGUCGCGCCAUUCGAAGAUGUUUUGUGCAUUUCCUUUAACAAGAUAUUGCACCUCUGUGAAAGUACCGCACAUGAAUUUGCAUGCAGUUUUUCAACAGCAGGAAGGAAGUGCUUGUGGUAUUUCUCCUUCAUGUUUAUAUGCCCCAGAGCCUGUGACUGAAGGUGCCCUCAGGUUUGUUUGACAAGUCUCUUUUUGCCUUUUCGCCCCCUCUCUCACGUUUAUCGUGUACACGGUUUCACCUCUAGUCUUAACAUUUCCUGUAACAAGGUCCAACCGCAGCUUCCUUCUCUUGAAAAAUGCUCACUUUUGAUUUAGUGUUGAAAUUCAAUGUGAAUCUUUGUAAGAUCAAUUAGGCAGAGGUGAGUCUAGACUAACGGAUGAGUAGAGGACCUGAACCCCUCAUCAUUAGUGAUUACAAAAUAGUUUAGGAGAACCUUCCUUUCUGGUGAAUAUGACUUUAUUCUAAGUAUUAAAGUACUUGUAAUUGAGAAUUUUGACACUUUGGACUUUGGUCUGUUAAUGUCAUAAAGUUUUAGUUUCUUUUCACCUUUUUUUUCUGACACAAUGAACUGGCAGCACGUCACUUCUCUUAUUGAUUUUUAGGGAAGUUAGAGUUGAGUUGAUGUGAGAACCUUUCAGAAACACGGAGAGAAGCUGGAGACACACUGAAACGAAUGAUUAAGUGUUCAUAAGUGUACACUAACUAUGGAUCUGGACCUGAGAGCAGACUCUCCUGAACCCUACAAUUGGAAGGACAACGAGUCCAUGGAUGUUACCCUAAUGUUUAAUGACGGACGUCAGAGAGCCCAAGAAGAGAUGUCGGACUCCGAAGAAUCCAACAGUAUUUUCAACUGCAAACAAUCCAUUGAUCAACCCCCGAACUUCAAUCACAGAACUCACUCUACUGAGAGAGUCUGUCAGGAGGCCGAUGCCUCUGAAGCCGCCUCUAGUCACUCGGACCAUGAUCAGAGCGAAGCAGACCUGGCCUCCGUAUUCAUGCUGCUGGAGGAGAACAUCAUCACUUUUGUGAAGACUGAGCUGAAGAAGUUCCAGGGAGUCCUUAGACCAGAUUACCCGCCGUGCUUAAAGAGACAGAAGGAGGACGAGGAGGAGGAAAAACAGAACAAAAGCAGCCGAGAAGCACUUGUAAAGAUCACACUGCACUUCUUAAGGAGAAUGAAGCAGGAGGAGUUGGCGGACACUCUGCAGAGCAGAACCAUUGCUGCCUUGUGCCAAGAGAAGCUCAAAUGUAGCCUGAAAGAUAAGUUCCAGUGCUUGUUUGAAGGAAUUGCUAAAGCGGGAAACCCCACCACUCUGAAUGAUAUCUACACGGAGCUCUACAUUACGCAGGGAGGGAGCGGAGAGGUCAAUAAAGAACAUGAGAUCUGGCAGGUUGAAACAGCAUGUAGGAAAAUAUCAAAAGCCGAAACAGCGAUCAAAUGCGAACACAUCUUCGAACCCUUACCCGGCAGAGAACAUCAACCAGUCAGGACAGUGCUGACAAAGGGGAUGGCUGGCAUCGGGAAAACCGUCUUAACGCACAAGUUCACACUGGACUGGGCUGAGAACAAGAGCAACCGCAACAUUCAGUUCACGUUUCCAUUUUCUUUCAGAGAGCUGAAUUUGCUGAGCGGGAAAAAAUACAGCCUGGUCCAACUCAUUCAUCUCUUCUUCGCUGACGCCAAAGAAUCGCACAUGCACAAUUUUGACAGGUUCGACGUUGUGUUCAUCUUCGAUGGUCUGGACGAGUGUCGACUUCCCCUGGACUUCCACAAAAAUGAGAUCCUGACUGACAUCACAGUGGCCACCACUGUGGACGUCCUGCUGACGAAUCUGAUCAGGGGCAAACUGGUUCCCUCCGCUCGGCUGUGGAUAACCACACGACCUGCCGCAGCCAGUCAGAUUCCUCCCGAGUUUGUUGACGUUGUGACGGAGGUGAGAGGGUUCACCAACAGCCAAAAGGAAGAGUACUUCAGGAAGAGGGUCAGAGGGGAGGAGCAGGCCAACCGCAUCAUCUCCCACAUCAAGGCAUCGAAAAGCCUCCACAUAAUGUGUCACAUCCCUGUCUUUUGCUGGAUCACCGCUUCCGUUCUCGAGGAUAUAAUAGGAUCACGUGAGCACAAGCAUUUGCCAAAGACUCUGACUGAAAUGUACAUUCAUUUCCUGGUGGUUCAGACCAAAAUAGGAAACGAAAAGUAUCGCGGUGGCGGCGGUUCGCUCUGGAACGCUGACAUCUACAAAAUGAUAAUGUCUCUAGGAAAACUGGCUUUCGAACAGCUGCAGAAAGGAAACCUUAUCUUCUAUGUGUCAGACUUGAUAGACUGCGGAAUUGAUAUCAGGGCUGCAACCCUGUACUCUGGGGUGUUCACGGAGAUCUUCAAACAGGAGUGCGGACUGAACCAGGACAACCUGUUCUGCUUCGUUCAUCUCAGCUUUCAGGAGUUCCUGGCCGCUCUCUACGUCUUCGUGACGUUCACCAACACUGGCGUCGAUCUGAUGUCAGAAUCACAGACCAAGUCUUGCUGGUCUCCGCUGUUAAGGGACCGAUCAAAGAUAAAUCUUCUCUUCCAAAGUGCUGUAGACAAGAGCACGAAGAGUUCAAACGGCCACUUGGACUUGUUUCUUCGGUUCCUCUUGGGUUUUUCUCUGGAGUCCAACAAGACGCCUUUACAGGGUCUGCUGAAGCACUCGGGGAGCAACGUUCAGAGCUAUCAGGAAACAGUCAGAUACAUCAAGAAGAAGAUCAGGAAGAAUCCUUCCCCGGAAAGAUGCAUCAAUCUGUUCCACUGUCUGAAUGAGCUGAAUGAUCAUUCCCUGGUGGAGGAGAUCCAGCAGUAUCUGAACGCAGGAAGUCUCUCCACAAACAAACCGUCCCCAGCACAGUGGUCAGCUCUGGUCUUCAUACUUCUGUCAUCAGAAACAGACCUGGAUGUAUUUGUCUUGAAGAUGUACUCCGCUUCAGAGGAAGGUCUCUCGAAGCUGUGGCCGGUGGUCAAAGCUUCAAGAAUAUGCAACCUGAGUGAUUGUCAGCUGUCAGGGCAGAUCUGCAAAGCUCUGGGCUGUCUUCUUAUGUCCAAGUCGUCACGUUUGAGAGAGCUGGACCUGAGUAACAACGACCUGCAGGAUUCUGGAGUGAAGCUGCUGUUCGCUGGACUCAUGUGUCCACAAUGUAGACUAGAGACUUUACGGUUGGCCGGCUGUAGCUUGUCAGAGAAAAGCUGCGACGCUCUGGCCUCGAUUGUCAGCUCUCAGUCUUCGUGUCUGCAGGAGCUGGACCUGAGUAACAAUGACCUGCAGGAUUCGGGGGUUGAGCUGCUCUCUGCUGGCCUGGCGAGUCCAUUCUGUAGAGUGGAAACUUUAAGGCUGUCGGGCUGCCUGAUCACAGAAAAAGGAUGCGCUGCCUUGGCCUCGUCUCUGAGCUCCAACCCCUCCCAUCUGAGAGAGCUGGACCUGAGUUACAACCACCCAGGAGACUUGGGAGUGAGUCUACUGUCUGCUGGUCUGGAGGAUCCACAGUGGCGACUGGACACUUUGUGCAUUGACCACGGUGGAAGACAUCGCUUGAAACCCUUCAUGUACACCUGUCAACUAACACUGGACCCAAACACAGCAAACAGAAUGCUGUGUCUGUCUGAGGACAACAGGAAGGUGACAGAGGUGAACAAGGAGCAGCCGUACCCCGACCACCCAGAGAGGUUCCUCCACUUGAAGCAGGUUCUGUGCUCAGAAGCUCUGUCUGCACCCUGUUACUGGGAGGUGGAGUGGAAGGGAUGGGUCAACAUAGGGGUGACGUACGGAGGAAUCAAAAGAAAAGGCCAGGAUGAUGAAAGUUGUCUCGGGGAGAACGAGCAGUCGUGGGGUCUGUUCUGCUCUAGUUCUGGUUACUCAGCCUGUCACAAUAAGAGAACAAUCGACAUUCGGGGUGCGCCCUCCUCCUUUGACUCGGGCAGAGUGGCGGUUUAUCUGGACUGGCCCGGUGGCACUUUGUCCUUCUACAGAGUCUCCUGUGACACCUUGAUCCACCUCCACACCUUCCACAGCACAUUCGCUGAGCCUCUCUACCCCGCGUUCAGAUUUAAGUUGAGGUCUGCGCCCGGUGCCUCAGUGUCCUUGUGUCAGUCGGAGGAAGGGUAGGGAAAAUUUGUGACUGGUUGCAGAGUCCAGAAUUUAAAAGUGGUCUUUUUUUUGGGUUGUUUACAUAUAGAACAACUCUAACUUUUUGCAGUCCAAACAUUUCCCGCUUGUUUUAAGACAUAACUUACUCUUAUUUUAAGUCUUCACCAGGAGAUAUGUUUUUUCCCAUUCCACCUGGUUCCUGUAAAGGUAUCUAAUUAUGCUACUUACUCACUUACUUCCUACCUUACUACCAUCAGAUGAUAAGCUCAGAAAUUAAGGGGUUGGAAUUCAUUGCUCGUCUCCUGUAUAUUAAAGGCGUAACAGAAUGAAAUCCCUAACAACACUGUAAUAAUUUGAAAUUAAAUGUCUUCAAGAAACUCUUCAAGAGACCAGGUACUUUUGCUUUUGGUGGAGAACCUUAACAGUGAAGAGAACAGUGUUCUAGUGGUUCAUUUAAAAUAUCACCUCCUGCACUUCGUUAAUCUGCUUCAACCACAUUUAUCUUAUUUCUGCCGUUAAAUAUUAACCGUUUUAUUGUACGUUACAUAGGAAUUUGUCCUUUAUUUUUAUACGAUAUAUUUAUUUUAUACAUUGACAAAGCUGGUGGUGAUAAAAACAGAGAAAAUGUGGAUUGCUGUUUUUUUCGUUAGUGUUUUAUAUAUAUAUAUUUAUACUGUUUAUUUGCAUUUUCGUCAACACAGUCUGAAUGCUUGACCCCUACAGUGAGUGUCUCUGUCAUGUUGUUGGAUUUAAUUUAACUCCAUUGUGUUUUCACUGUGAUGUAAGGUGAUGGCAAUUCUGUGCAGGAGUGGUCCUUUAUUCCUGUCCAUCACAACAAUUUAGUUUUAAUAAAGAAUUUUGUAUUUACUAUAGAUAUGCAUAUAAAACAUGACAAGAUCAGUCACAGGAUUUCAUUAGAGUAACUGUGGGUACAGUUUUGGUUGUGAAUGCUAGACUGAUUUUUAAAAAACUCAAUAAAAUUGUUAAAGAUUUAUUAAAGAGACUAUCUGAAAAGUUUGUCAAUGGUUUAUAUGUUGAAUAUAAUUGAGAUGCUUAAAGAGGGAUCUGCAUUUAUCUAAAAUAUAGUCAUCUCAUCUUCCAUCUUCCGUAACGCUUAAUCCUGCACUAGGGUCGCGGGGGGUUGCUGGAGCCUGUCCCAGCAUCGGGCGAGAGGCGGGGUACACCCUGGACAGGUCGCCAGCCUAUCAGAGGGCCUAAAAUAUACUUAUAAAUAAUAAUAAUAAAAAAACAACCACACAAUUCUUUCUAUCUUUGCCUUCUCAUCUAUUGAGAUAUUGAGAUCUAAAACCCAACUGACACAUGAAACAUGGUAAACGUCAAACGUGAGUUGAGUUUUUGAACAGCAGAAUAAAUUUGUGGGUGAAGCGACACUGCCCUCUGCUGGGCUUCACUGGCACCAACACGUACAGCUUAACUGCACUGAUGUAGUUAAAUGGUCAUAUGUUAAUAUCAACCAAAGCAGGAAACAAGUCAUUUUACUAAAGAUCAACCCUUUCUCGAGCUGGAAUUAUAAAGCAAUGACCUGAUACUCAGGCGUCUUUACCCGUUAAUAUUUCAUCAAACAUCUAAGCACCACAGGUUUAUUACAGUACGUAAGGUAAUGCAGUAAAUAUUAAUAUUCAACCCAGACAAACUGUCAUUUACGAUUUUAUUGCUGAAGCAAAACAAACAUUGACUUUAAGAUCAAUAGAUACUUGCAUUCUUGGACAGAUAUGCUGUCGGAAGUAAAAAAAAAAAAAAAAAAAAAAAGCUGGGAAUCCAUUGAGAACUCUUUGCUCUUGUUAAAAAAAAAACUACAAAAAAAAAACAUCUGCAUACAAAAACUGACGGGCUGCAAGAUCAGCUUUUUUGUUUCAUCUAAAAAAAAAAAAAAAAAAGAGACUGAAAACAGCCGUGAAAUACACAUAAACUCUAUAAUGAGAUACACACCUGAACCAUUUGUGUGGACAAUCGGUGCAAAAAUCUCAGUGUUAUGAAAGCACGUAGACACGGGUCAACACUGGUCCCCUUCCAGAUUUGGUACAAUUCAUUUGUACUGUGCCUCCUCUCUCACCCAACUCCCCUCCUGUCCAGUGUCCACAUGUUCCAUACCUGAGUACAGUUACGUCAUUAUCCACAGUUGCGUACUUAACAACAAUAAACCUACAAUACAAUAAAAAACUAAAAUGAAAUCUCCAGAAGUCUGAUAGAAAAAGGCACAGACAGUCAAGAGGCCUCAACACCCUGAUGUUGGAACAGUAAUUAAAAUGAGAACACAUUUAUCAAAUACUGGACAUUUGGGGUUUAAUGUCAUCAAGUACUGAAUAUUACAUAAUAAAAACUAUACCUUCAAGUUGACCAGAUUGGUCACAUGGGCAAAGACACCAUGUGUUGUCUCAGCAACUCAGUAGUGAGAGCGCAGCAUAAAUAUGCUAGCUUGCUAACAGCUACUAAAGGCCACGCCAUUUAUUCAAAUGACAUACUCUGUUUUUCCCGAGUGACUUCUGUCUCACAAUUAUCUGCAAAUCUCUGUUGAGAAGAAAUUUAAACACAGGUGCAACACAGCUAAUACACUACACGUAUCCACUUUAGAAUCUCUUGCUAGUUUUACAGUUCAUUUAAUUCAAGUUAAAGGAAAAAAAAAAAAUCAAGCUCAACUCUAACCUCCUGAGACCCAGCGUCCUCAUAUGGGGACAUGAGGUUUUAUUCUAUUGCCGCUUAUUCUUCUUCAUUUAAACCCACUGUCUUCAUUAGUGGACAAUUUGGUCUGCCAUCUAGCGGUAGUAAAGGUUAAAACUUAUUUAUUUAUUCUUAUUAACGUUUCUACAGAUUUUGUCAAUAGCAACAGGCUACAACGUCGCUAAUUAGCAAGUACUCAUUUGAGGACGUUGGGACUCGGUCAUGUUCAGGUAUUUUAUAUUUUGUCAUUUUGACUUUGGUGAAUUUAUUAUAAUAUAAAUAAUGAAAUAAUACCAGUGUCCACAUAUGAGGACAUCGUUUUAACUAAACUAAUUCCUGUUUAAAGAUGAUGCUUAGUUUUUAAACGUCUUAAGCCUCUACUAGUCCCAAAUACCCCCAAAAAGCUUGAGACUCAGGAGGCUAAAACUAUGUCAGCAUUGUUAAGAGAGAAAACAUCUGCUUUAAAGUAAUAAAUCUAUGAACUACUACCAUUUAGAACAAGUGCUUAACCAAUCUGAGGGAGUGUUUCUAUGUCCCUAAGUUCUAAUGAUUUAAAACAUCAUAAAUGUCAAACAACAAAAUUACUUUUCUAUUUCAUAAGAAACCAUAAUUUACAAAGUUUUUUUUUUUUUUUUUUUAAAGAAGAAGAAACA